GGAAACGCGAGCUGGGACCGGCGGGGUGCGAGCGGGCUGAGGAGCGGAGCGCAACGGACUGCCAGGCCGGGCGAGGCGGACGGAUUGCGGAGAGCGAGGGCGCCACUGCCGCCCCCCUGCCGCACAAAGGGCCGAGGCUGGGGCCGCCGCCUCCUCAGCGCGCGGGCCUGGAACCGGCGUCGGCCGGGGCCCCGGGAGAGCGCGGCGCCGGGCGGCCAUGGCUGGCUACGUGCCGGGUCAGCAGCCGGCCAACCGCAGCCAGGAGAAGGAGUUCGUGCAGGCGUACGAGGAUGUGCUGGAGCGCUACAAAGAUGAACGGGACCGCGUUCAGAAGAAAACAUUCACCAAGUGGGUCAACAAGCACCUGAUGAAGGUUCGCAAGCACAUCAAUGAUCUUUAUGAAGAUCUGCGGGAUGGCCAUAACCUGAUCUCUCUGCUGGAGGUCCUCUCGGGCAUCAAACUGGAGCCAGCAGGGCUGAAGACCCUCCGUCUGGUGAGCAUGCCCUCCUGGCGCCAUACAAACAGCGAGGAGCAGGAGGAGGAAGAUGAUGAUGAUGUACCCCGGGAAAAGGGCAGGAUGCGAUUUCAUAGGCUGCAGAAUGUGCAGAUUGCCCUGGACUUCCUAAAGCGGAGAAAGGUGAAACUAGUGAAUAUUCGUAAUGAUGACAUUACAGAUGGCAACCCCAAGCUGACCCUGGGCCUGAUCUGGACCAUUAUUUUGCACUUCCAGAUCUCUGACAUCUACAUUAGUGGAGAGUCAGGGGAUAUGUCCGCCAAGGAGAAGCUGCUCCUCUGGACCCAGAAGGUGACAGCUGGUUAUACAGGAAUCAAAUGCACCAACUUUUCCUCCUGUUGGAGUGAUGGGAAGAUGUUCAAUGCACUUAUUCACCGAUACAGACCUGAUCUGAUAGACAUGGAGAGGGUGCAAAUCCAAAGUAACCGAGAAAAUCUGGAACAGGCUUUUGAAGUGGCAGAAAGACUGGGGGUCACCAGGCUUUUGGAUGCAGAAGAUGUGGAUGUGCCAUCUCCAGAUGAAAAGUCUGUAAUCACUUACGUGUCUUCGAUUUAUGAUGCGUUCCCUAAAGUCCCUGAGGGUGGAGAAGGGAUCAGUGCUACGGAAGUAGACUCCAGGUGGCAAGAAUACCAAAGCCGAGUGGACUCCCUCAUUCCCUGGAUCAAACAACAUACAAUACUGAUGUCAGAUAAAUCUUUUCCCCAGAAUCCUGUUGAACUAAAGGCACUUUAUAACCAAUAUAUACACUUCAAAGAAACAGAAAUUCUAGCCAAGGAGAGAGAAAAAGGAAGAAUUGAAGAGUUGUAUAAAUUAUUGGAGGUGUGGAUUGAAUUUGGCCGAAUUAAACUGCCUCAGGGUUAUCACCCUAAUGAUGUAGAGGAAGAGUGGGGAAAGCUCAUCAUUGAGAUGCUGGAGCGAGAAAAAUCACUUCGACCAGCUGUAGAGAGGCUGGAAUUGCUGCUACAGAUUGCAAACAAAAUCCAGAAUGGUGCUUUGAACUGUGAAGAAAAACUGACACUAGCUAAGAAUACACUGCAGGCUGAUGCUGCUCACCUGGAAUCAGGACAACCAGUACAGUGCGAAUCAGAUGUCAUCAUGUACAUUCAGGAAUGUGAAGGUCUUAUCAGGCAGCUGCAGGUGGAUCUCCAGAUCCUACGUGAUGAGAAUUAUUACCAGCUAGAAGAGCUAGCUUUUAGGGUUAUGCGUCUGCAGGAUGAGCUGGUCACCUUGCGUCUGGAGUGUACAAACUUGUAUCGGAAGGGCCAUUUUACUUCACUUGAACUGGUUCCACCCUCUACUUUAACCACUUCUCAUCUGAAGUCAGAACCCUUGACCAAGGGAACCCAUUCUUCUUCUACCUCCUGGUUCCGAAAGCCUAUGACUCGGGCUGAACUUGUGUCUAUAUCCUCCUCAGAAGAUGAAGGCAAUCUUCGAUUUGUAUACGAACUACUGUCUUGGGUAGAAGAAAUGCAGAUGAAAUUGGAACGAGCAGAGUGGGGCAAUGACCUGCCUAGUGUGGAGUUGCAGCUAGAAACACAGAAGCACAUCCAUACCAGUGUGGAAGAGCUGGGCUCAAGUGUCAAAGAGGCCAGGUUAUAUGAGGGGAAAAUGUCCCAAAAUUUUCAAACUAGUUAUGUUGAAACUCUUGGAAAGCUCGAGACACAGUAUUGUAAAUUGAAGGAAACUUCUAGCUUCCGGAUGAGGCACCUUCAGAGCCUACACAAAUUUGUUUCCAGAGCUACAACUGAAUUGAUUUGGUUGAAUGAGAAGGAGGAGGAGGAACUAGCAUAUGACUGGAGUGACAACAAUCCCAAUAUUUCAGCCAAGAAAAAUUACUUCUCUGAGUUGACAAUGGAACUGGAGGAAAAACAGGAUGUGUUUCGGUCUCUACAAGAUACAGCCGAGCUGCUAUCACUUGAGAACCACCCAGCCAAGCAGACUGUGGAGGCUUACAAUGCCGCUGUCCAGUCCCAGUUGCAGUGGAUGAAGCAGCUGUGCUUGUGUGUUGAGCAGCAUAUAAAAGAGAAUACUGCUUACUUUCAGUUCUUCAGUGAUGCACGAGACCUGGAGUCAUUCUUGAGGAACCUCCAAGACUCCAUCAAACGGAAAUACUCCUGUGACCACAACACCAGCUUAUCCCGCCUUGAAGACCUGCUCCAGGACUCCAUGGAUGAAAAGGAGCAGCUUAUACAGUCCAAAAGUUCUGUUGCCAGUCUUGUUGGGAGAUCAAAAACAAUUGUUCAGCUAAAGCCACGCAGUCCUGACCAUGUGCUAAAGAGCACCAUUUCUGUGAAGGCCAUCUGUGACUAUCGGCAGAUCGAGAUCACUAUUUGCAAGAAUGAGGAAUGUGUGUUAGAAGAUAAUUCACAAAGGACCAAGUGGAAAGUGAUCAGCCCCACAGGGAAUGAGGCAAUGGUGCCAUCUGUCUGCUUCCUCAUCCCUCCACCCAACAAGGAUGCCAUUGAGAUGGCCAGCAGAGUGGAGCAGUCUUAUCAGAAGGUGAUGGCCCUUUGGCAUCAACUACAUGUUAACACCAAAAGCCUUAUCUCCUGGAACUAUCUGAGGAAGGAUCUUGACCUUAUAAAGACCUGGAACCUGGAAAAGCUUCGGUCAUCAACACCAGGAGAGUGCCACCAAGUUAUGAAGACCCUCCAGGCCCACUAUGAUGACUUUCUGCAGGAUAGCCGUGACUCAGUGCUCUUCUCAGUGGCGGAUCAUCUGCGUUUGGAAGAGGAAGUGGAGGCUUGUAAAACCCACUUCCAGCACCUGAUAAAAUCCAUGGAGAAUGAAGACAAAGAAGAAACUGUGGCCAAGAUGUACAUUUCAGAGCUGAAGAAUAUCCAGCUACGCCUGGAGGAGUGUGAACAGAGGCUAGUCAAACGAAUUCAGACUCCGCCCAGCUCUAGAAGUGACAAAGAUGCCCGGCAGGAGAGUGCAUUAAGGAUUGCAGAGCAAGAGCGUACCCAGGAUGAUUUACGGCAACUGAGGUCAGACUUGGAAGCUGUUUCAAUGAAAUGCAAGAACUUUCUCCAUCAGUCCCCAUCUGGUUCAAGUGUUUCAACUCUGCACUCAGAGCUCAAUCUGCUGGUGGAGAAAAUGGACCAUGUAUAUGGUCUCUCCACUGUCUAUCUGAAUAAGCUCAAGACAAUCGAUAUUAUAGUGCGUAGCAUUCAGGAUGCUGAACUCUUGGUGAAAGGUUAUGAGAUCAAGCUGAGUCAAGAAGAAGCAGUACCAGCAGAUCUCUCAGCUCUGGAAUCCCAUCGCUCUACAUUACGGCACUGGCUUAGUGAUGUGAAGGAAAAGAAUUCAGUGUUUUCAGUCCUUGAUGAGGAAAUUGCCAAGGCCAAGGUAGUAGCAGAGCAGCUGAGUCGCUUGACCCCAGAACGAAACCUGGAUCUGGAGCGCUAUCAGGAAAAAGGUUCCCAGCUACAGGAACGUUGGAACCGGGUCAUUGCCCAGCUUGAGACACGCCAAUCUGAACUAGAAAGUAUCCAGGAAGUUCUAGGAGAUUACCGAGCCUGCCAUGGUACUCUCAUCAAAUGGAUUGAGGAAAUGACUGCCCAGCAGGAAAUGAUGAAGCCAGGCCAGGCAGAGGAUAGCAGAGUGCUAUCCGAGCAGCUCAGCCAGCAGACGGAUCUGUUCGCAGAAAUUGAGAGAAAUCAGACAAAACUGGACCAGUGUCAGAAGUUUUCCCAGCAGUACUCCACUAUUGUAAAGGACUAUGAAUUGCAGCUGAUGACAUACAAGGCCUUUGUGGAAUCACAGCAGAAAUCCCCUGGCAAGCGCCGUCGCAUGCUUUCCUCUUCAGAUGCCAUCACGCAAGAGUUCAUGGACUUAAGGACUCGUUACACAGCAUUGGUGACGUUAACAACUCAGCAUGUAAAAUAUAUCAGUGAUGCACUCCAGCGGCUGGAAGAGGAGGAGAAAGUAGUAGAAGAGGAAAAGCAAGAACAUGUGGAGAAGGUUAAAGAACUUUUGGGCUGGGUGUCUACCCUGGCAAGGAACACACAAAGCAAAGCUACCUCAUCCCAGACCAAAGAACUGACAGACAUUGAAAAAGCUAUUUUAGAACAGCAGGUUCUGGCAGAGGAGCUGACAACAAAGAGAGAACAAGUCUCUGACGCCAUUAAAACUUCACAGAUCUUCUUGGCCAAGCAUGGUCAUAAGCUCUCAGAAAAAGAGAAGGAACAGAUAUCUGAACAAUUGAAUGCCCUGAAUAAGGCUUACCAUGACCUAUGUGAUGGUUCAGCAAACCAGCUUCAUCAACUUCAGAGCCAAUUGGCCCAGCAGACAGAACAAAAGGGUUGCAGAGCAGUUGCUGGGGUGAUUGACCUAGGCACAGUGGAGAUAUUUCCCAUCUUCAGAGCCAUGCAAAAGGGCCUCAUUGACCAUGACACAGGCCUUGUGCUCCUGGAAUCACAGGUUAUCUUGGCCGGCCUCAUUGCCCCUGAGACCAGUGAAAAGCUCUCUUUGGAGGAGGGCCUAGCUAGAAACCUCAUUAGUCACCAGCUAUACCAGCAGCUCCAGCAGCUACAGGAUACUCUGUCCUUAGUAAGCAAGCUUACUGAGAGCAAAGGCCCUCUUUCUGUAGUGGAAGCAAUUGAGAAGAACAUUAUCAGUGAGAGAGUUGGACUGAAAAUCUUAGAAGCUCACUUGGCAACUGGAGGUUUCAGUGUCUUCCUUAAUGAGAAGUGUAUUAACCUAGAGGAGGCUUUCCACCAGGGCCUCAUUUCUGAACGGCUUCACUCAGAGUUAGAGUCUCACCUGAGAUUAUCCAAGAAUUUGAUAGACCCCAAUACAGCUGAGAAAAUCGGUUUGCUGGAUCUGAUGCAGAGAUGUAUUGUCCACCAAGAAUCAGGGUUGAAAUUAUUGCCUGUCAAGCAAUUGGCAGGGGGAAUGGUGAGCUUGAAAUCAGGCCGGAAGGUUAGCAUUUUCCGUGCAGUUCAGGAAGGCCUAAUAGAUAGGCAGGUCACUGUCCGACUACUGGAAGCUCAGCUUUUUGCUGGUGGCAUAGUAGAUCCAAGAACAGGACACAGACUUACAGUAGAAGAAGCUGUAAGACAUAAUUUGAUUGACCAAGAUAUGGCCUGUGCUAUACUCAUAAGGCAGCUUCAGACAGGCGGCAUCAUAGACACUGUCACUGGCCGUAGGCUGACAAUAGAUGAAGCAGUAAGCCAUGAUCUGGUAGCUCCGAAGAUUGCUCUUGUGAUUCUAGAGUCCCUUUGGUCAUUCAUGGGGUUGCUAUGGCCUGAAUCUGGAGAGAUCCUCCCAAUUACAGAUGCUCUGGAACAAGGUAUUGUGUCUACUGAGCUAGCUCAUAAAAUCCUUAGUGGACGGCAGCACAUUAAAGCUCUGUUUCUGCCAGCAACCACAGAGAUUUGGUCCUGGAAAAAAGCAAUAGAAAAUGGUGUGUUGGACAAAGAUCUUGCUAAUAACUUACAAUCAAUUUGCAUACCUGAUGUGAUGCCCCACAUGCGAUUAGCAGAUUCUUCAGAACAGAGCAAGGUGAACAUUAAUCCUGGAGCAUCAGAUCUGUUGUGCAACAAGGGCCAAACUGAGGGCAUGACAAGCCAUAGUGAGAAGCUGUUGUUUCAGCUGAUGACUCACAGCUAUAUUAAUGUGCGGAAUGGACAGAGGGUCCUCCUGCUGGACAGUGAGCUGAUAGAAAAACUAACAGCAAAAGGUGAAUAUCGACCAAGUCCUCUAGAAGUAUUUGUAACUGGGCCUCAGAGACGAGAAACUCCUGAGGAAUUACAAGAAUCAGCGAAUGUGAAAAUCACAGAAACUUUCUGUGAUAGGCUGACUGUGAGGCCAUGUGAGUUCCACUCUUCCUCUCAGAACAAAGAAUACCCCAAUCAGGCAAAUGACACCGAAGCAGAAGGCAGAAAGAUUAUUGUAAUAACGGAAGGUUCCUCUAUAGAGAACCCUGAAAAAGACCUAUUUGUAGCAGAACAAAAAGUGAGAAAUCUAAAUGUUGAUACUUCGAAGGUCAUAGGUCAAAUUAAAUCAGAGUUUAAAAGGCAGUUACCAGGUACCAAAAAGGAAGACUUAACAGAAGUGCCUACCAGGGAAAACAUCCACAGAGGAUUUCUCUUUGCAGUACCCUCUGAGGAAACAGAAGAUAUGACCUCGGUGGUAGACAGAAAUCCUGUUUCUGUUGAAACACCAAAGGAAGAAUGGCAGACUCUCAGAAAGACUCCCAUUAUAUGUCAGAAAGAACAAGCAAACACAGUUGAAAUUGAACAUAUUCCAGGUGAAACUGGAAGACCUAUCAUAAAACCCAAAAGCAAAAAGUCACAAUUUGAGGUAAAGAAAACUUUAGAUUUAGAAUUAGAACUCAAGUCUGAAAAUGACAUGAAUAUUCAUUCUCUGGACAAAAAGAAAGUCUUAAGCGAAACAUUUUUGGGUGAAGAUGUCCAUAAACAAAGUCCAGAAGAUCAAAACAUUGUGGGUGGUAGUAUAAUGAUUUUAGAAAAAACAGGUGAGGUAGAUCAUGGUAGUAAAGCUUCCCUGUCAUGCUGUCAUUCUUCAGACUUGCUUGAGGAAGCUACCUUAAAUAUAUUAUCUACACAAUUACUAGAUGGUGGUAUAUUUCAUGAACAAACAGGUCAACAGCUCUUACUGAAUGAAGCGAUAGCCCGAGGCAUUGUGCCUAGUCAUACUGCUGUGAAACUUAUGGGAAAGCUGAACAUGUUUCGAGGCUUCUUUGACUCUCAGACUUGUGAAUCUUUGACAACUGAAGAAGUCAUCAAUGAAGGUCUGAUGGAUGAGAAAUUAUUACAUAAUGUCCUCAUGGCAGACAAAGCUAUCAGUGGUGUCUUAGACCCCCGUACCCACACACUCUGCUCUGUGAAAGAAGCAGUUGCUGUUGGACUUCUUGACACACAGACAGCCACCAGAAUUUUAGAGGGGCAGGUGGUGACUGGUGGAAUCGUUGACCUGAAACGAGGCAAAAAGGUUUCAGUGACUUUGGCUUUAAAUCUUGGCUUGGUGGACAGUGCUGACCAGACAGAGCUUAUAAAUCUGGAAAAAGCUUCCAAAGGCAGAGGUGCUGAGAAAACAGUUAGAGAGAGAUUAAUUAAUUUACAAAUGGAAACAACUGGAAUUAUGGAUCCUGAUAGCAAGGCCCCUCUAACAGUUACGCAGUCCAUCGACAGAGGACUUUUAGAGAGAGAGGAGGCCAUUCAGUUGUUGACUAAGCAGGUGGUGGAUGGAGGUAUCAUUCACCAUAUAUCUGGGAUGAGACUUUCUGUUGAUAAUGCCUUUAAACAUGGCAUUAUUGAUGAAGAUUUAGCCAAACAACUCCAAAAAGUUGAGAAUUUAAGCCUCCAUCAGUUUUUUCAUCCUGAAACCAAGGAAACGAUUUCCCUCUCUGAAGCUCUAAAAUUAGAUCUUGUUAACCCAGACUUGAAAAGAGAAAUUCAAGAAAUUCAGGCCUUGACUGCAAGCUUUAUGGAUCUCAUUUCUGGCCAGAGAUUGACCUUGGCAGAAGCUAAAAAAGAAGGGCUGUUAACUAAUAAAGCAAUGUCGUCUUCAGGAAUGAUGCAUGGGAUUGUAGAUCCUGAGAAUUGCAGAAUUGUUCCCUAUUCAGAAUUAGUAAAGAAAUGUAAGAUUGAUAUUGAAUCUGGACAGAGAUAUCUAGAAGUAAUUCCCUUCUCAGACAUUAAAGAUGGAGUGAGUGACAAAGUACUUACAUUGUCUCAAGCAACCCAGUUGGGAAAAGUAGACUUUGCAUCUACACUGAAGGUUCUGGAAGCUCAGGCAAAUACUGGGGGAAUCAUAGAUACUGCCACAGGACAAAGACUGACAUUAGCUUCAGCUUUGGAACAGAAAUUGGUGGAUGAAAACAUGGCCAGAAUUAUCGCGUCUCAUCAGGUACUAACUGGAGGAAUCAUUGACAUAUUUAAUGAUCAAAGAGUGACUUUAAAGGAAGCUAUUGAGAAAAGAUUUAUCAGCCCUGAAAUGGCAACUUUGAUCCAAAUAGAUACUUUAGAGUCUAGUGCUCACAGGGCUGAGAUUGAAAAGCAAGAUGGAAUUGAAGUAUGUGAAUUAAAGAAGGAAUUUCUAAGAAAGGAAAUGUUAAUUACUUCUAAUCAGACUGCUGAAGUGAGUUGUGGUAAAGAAGAAAGUGAGAAAUUAUUUCAAAUUGGAAGUCAUUCUGCACAAGAAAAGGUUAAAAUGAGAGUUUCCGAUGGGCAGCAGGCAGAAAAGAGCAGGGUAAUUUCAUUAAAAGGAUUGGAGUGCAAGGAUCAAAAUAAGAGGAGAGCUUCUCCAGAUGCUAAUCAGUCUGUCAUAUCAUUAGGCCAAGGUUCAGUGACACACCCUCACUCAGAAGUUUGUGAUUUUAAACUCAAUGAGGUGGCUAGGAACAACAUGGAAAAAAAUGUGAAUGAAGAGCAGGAAAAAAUAGUGUCACAAAUAGAAAUUAUUUCUCAUAUGAAACAGUCUGUGUCGGGUUUAGAUCAUAAAGAAAUAAGGGAAAACAAAAGAGAAAUUAUUUCAGAAGGACAAGAAUCAAAUUGUGAAACUUCAGGCAAUUUGCUGAAUGAGCAGAUUAUGCAGAAAUCAGUUAAUACCAGGGAGAAAAGGAAGAGAGAGAAGGAGAUAAUUAUAGAAGAUAGUGUCAAAACAUGCAAAUCAUCAGUUCUUUCAGAAGAAAAUUUGAACCAAGAAACUGCCGUUAGAGAUGACCAUGACUCCAAUAUAAAGAAUCAACCAGUGGAAAUUACCGUAAUUGAAAAAGGGAAAAAGAAUGAUAGAGAACUGGGAUUUUCUAUUCUAUGUGAAACUGAAGACUCUUCUUCCCCAAUGAUACCCAAAGGAAUUUCCAUAAGAAAUCAAAAUGUAUUAAGUUUUUUCGACUCUAAGCUGGUCAAUGAAGGAGAAGUCAAAAAUUUAAGCCUUUGCUUGACUUUAAAACCAGAAGAAAAUUUAUCUCAAGAAAUUACAAGUGGGGCCCAGAGUGAACCAUUCUCUUCUAUGCCCCUAAGACCUGAAGGAUUGCAGUACCAAGAAUCAGCUGGGAAAGCCCAAGUUGCAGACACAUCCCGAAUUUCCAAAACAGACAAGUCUUCCCAAGGAACCACCAGACAAGAGACCAAUUAUUAUGAAGAUUCCUGUGUUACUUCUAAGACUAGGGAAACCAAAGAUUUGAUUUGCUCAUCUAAUGACUGUAAAGAAAAAUACCAGGAAGUACCUUUUGACUCAACAAAAGCUCUUAAAUUGGAAGAAAUUACAGUUUCUAGAGUAGACCCAAAAGAAGUCAGAAAGGACUGUCAUCAUCAGGACAGCAAAAGUGAUAGUGAACUUUGUGGAAUUCUUGAAUCUAAAAUGGUAACAACUCAGGAAAUAACUGGAGAGAAAUUUCUAGAAAUGUCAAACCCUAUAGUUACAGGUGCAGAGGUAGGGUCCUUUGAAAGCAAAGUGACUGAGGGAGUUCCUGGAGUUUUAGUGUCCCUUCCUCCAGAGAAAUUGUUCAAAGAUGUACCUGAAAAAGACAGUAUAGGGCAGCAGGAUGCCACCAUUAGUCCCACUAUUCCAGAUGCCAGUGGGGAAAAGACAGGGCCCCUCAUAUGUACAGCAAUGAAGAUGGAUGAGAAGACACUACAAGAAAAGCUCAGAGAAAGCCCUGGCAGUGAACAGACUCCCUUCCUGACUGCACCCAGGGGAGAGGGAAAUGAAGCUGUAUAUACAGAACCAUCCAGAGCAACUAAAAAAAUAUUUAACCGACGACUCUGUCUAGAACAUGAUGAAAAGCUAGUAUCUUAUCUGUCUCUAUUACGAGACAUUGAAAUGAGGACCAAACAGAUUCAACCUGUGGAGCGUAGCCUGAAAGAGCUACAGGAUCUGCUGUGUCAGGCCAAGAUAUUGGAUGAGGAGCUAAAGGAUCUGUCCACCUUGGUGAGUCAGGAAUUGGAGUGUGUGAAUCAGAUUAUCAUCAGCCAACCUCAAGAAGUCCCUGCUCAGCUGUUGAAGGCUCUAGAGAAAGAUGCCAGGAAUCUUCAAAAGUCCCUCAACUCUGUGAGUGACACCUGGAGUUCCAGAAUGCUCUACCUCCAAGAUACUGUAGAAAUAAAAAAGACAAGAGUGUUAAAUCAGCAAGAAGAGCUAGAAGACAAACUUCAAGAUCUGAGAGCCUGGGUUGAUAAUACCAAUCUUAUUCUGAAUAGCAAGGAAUGUACCAAUGGAACAGAUGCCGACAGCCUGAAUCAGUUUCUCCAACAGUAUGAGGAUUUGACACAGCCAGUGGCUGAAAGGAAACAUCAGCUGGAUGCUCUUGCUUUUGAUAUUCAGUUCUUUGUCUCUGAGCAUGCUCAGGACUUGUCCUCUCAGCAGAGCCGACAGAUGCUGAGGCUUCUGAAUGAACUGCAGAGGUCCUUCCAGGAUCUUGUGGAGCAGGCAGCCCUCAUCAAGACCCUGCAGAAACAACAAAAUACUUGUCACCAGAAACUGGAGGAUCUCUGCAGCUGGGUAGGACAGGCAGAAAGAGCAUUGGUGAGCCACCAAGGUGGAGCCACCCAGCAGGAUCUUUCUGCUUUGCAGAAGAACCAAAGUGACUUGAAGGAUUUACAGGACGACAUUCAGAAUCAUGCGGCCUCAUUUGCCAGUGUUGUCAAAGACGUUGAAGGGUUCCUGGAAGAGAACCAGACCAAGCUGAGCACCCAUGAGUUGGCAGCUCUUCGGGAAAAACUUCAUCAGGCUAAGGAGCAAUAUGAGACUCUCCAGGAACGGACACGGGUGGCCCAGAAGGAGCUGGAGGAAGUAGUGACCUCAGCCUUGCAGCAGGAGACUGAAAAGAGCAAAGCAGCAAAGGAACUGGCGGAGAACAGGAGUAAGAUUGAUGCUCUCUUGGAUUGGGUGGCUUCAGUGAGAUCACCUGGUGGACAGAUGGAGCAGCUAUCAGGAGCUAGCCUGGAGAAAGGAGCCUCAGAUACCACUGAUGGUCAUAUGGGAGUGAACCAAGCCUCAGAGAAAUUGGACAAGCAAUGUGAGAAGAUGAAGGCCCGCCACCAAGAAUUGCUAUCUCAGCAGCAAAAUUUCAUCCUAGCCACCCAGUCAGCUCAGGCCUUCCUGGACCAACAUGGCCACAAUCUCACACCUGAGGAAAAACAGAUGCUGCAGGAGAAACUAGGAGACCUAAAGGAACAGUACGCGACUUCCCUGGCCCAGUCAGAGGCAGAGCUGAAGAAGGUGCAGACACUACGUGAUGAGCUGCAGAAGUUUCUCCAGGAUCAUAGAGAGUUUGAAAACUGGCUGGAACGGUCUGAGAGAGAGCUGGAGCACAUGCAUAAGGGAGGCAGCAACCCCGAAGCCCUUCCCUCCCUGCUUAAGCGACAGGGGAGCUUCUCAGAGGAUGUAAUUUCCCACAAAGGAGACUUGAGAUUUGUGACUAUAUCAGGACAGAAAGUGUUAGACACUGAAAAUAGCUUUGAGGAAGGCAGAGAACUAUUAGCAACUGGAACCUUAGUGAAGGACAAGCUGAAGGAUGCAACAGAGAGAUACACUGCUCUCCAUUCAAAGUGUACACGAUUGGGCUCUCACCUGAACAUGCUCCUAGGCCAUUAUCAACAGUUCCAGAGCAGCGCUGACAGCCUUCAGGCCUGGAUGCAGGCUUGCGAGGCCAAUGUAGAGAAGCUCCUCUCAGAUACUGUUGCCUCUGACCCGGGGGUCCUGCAACAGCAGCUUGCAAGAACAAAGCAGUUGCAGGAGGAAUUGGCUGAGCACCAAGUACCUGUAGAAAAGCUCCAAAAAGUAGCUCUUGACCUCAUGGAAGUUGAAGGGGAGCCAGCCCCAGACCGCAAGCAAAUUCAAGAAACUACAGAUUCCAUACUUAGUCAUUUCCAAAGCCUCUCCUGUAGCCUGGCUGAGCGCUCUGCUCUGCUGCAGAAGGCAAUUGCCCAGUCUCAGAGUGUGCAGGAAAGCCUGGACAGCUUGUUGCAGUCCAUCAAGGAAGUUGAAAAAAACCUGGAAGAGGAACAAGUGGCAUCCCUGUCAUCCAGAGUCAUCCAAGAAGCCCUGGCCACUAACAUGAAAUUGAAGCAGGACAUUGCUCGGCAAAAGAGCAGCUUGGAGGCCACCCGUGAAAUGGUGACCCGAUUCAUGGAGACAGCAGACAGCACCACAGCAGCAGUGCUGCAGGGCAAACUGGCGGAGGUGAGCCAGCGCUUCCAAAAGCUCUGUCUACAGCAGCAAGAGAAGGAGAGCUCCUUAAAGAAGCUCCUGCCCCAGACAGAGAUGUUUGAACAUCUCUCUGAUAAGCUGCAGCAGUUCAUGGAAAACAAAAAUCGGAUGCUGGCCUCUGGAAAUCAGCCAGAUCAAGAUAUUGCACAUUUCUUCCAGCAGAUCCAGGAGCUCAGUUUGGAAAUGGAAGACCAACAGGAAAACCUUGAUACUCUUGAGCAUUUGGUCACUGAACUGAGCUCCUGUGGCUUUGCACUAGACCUGUCUCAGCACCAGGACAGGAUACAGAACCUCAAAAAGGACUUCACAGAGCUACAGAAGACAGUUAAGGAGAGAGAGGAAGAUGCAUCGUCUUGCCAGGAACAAUUGGAUGAAUUCCGGAAGCUGGUUAGGACCUUCCAGAAAUGGCUGAAGGAAACUGAAGGGAGUAUUCCACCUACAGAGACUUUCAUGAGUACUAAAGAGCUGGAAAAGCAGAUUGAACACCUUAAGGGUCUCCUAGAUGACUGGGCAAGUAAAGGAACUUUGGUAGAAGAAAUCAAUUGCAAAGGCACUUCUUUAGAAAAUCUCAUCAUGGAGAUCACAGCACCUGAUUCCCAGGCCAAAACAGGUUCCAUACUGCCCUCUCUAGGAAGUUCUGUAGGCAGUGUAAACGGAUACCACACCUGCAAAGAUCUGACGGAGAUUCAAUGUGACAUGUCAGAUGUAAACUUGAAAUAUGAGAAACUUGGGGGAGUACUUCGAGAACGCCAGGGAAACCUUCAGACUGUCCUCAGCAGAAUGCAGGAAGUUCAGAAGGAGGCAAGCUCAGUCCUGCAGUGGCUGGAAUCUAAAGAGGAAAUCCUGAAAGGCAUGGAUGCCUCUUCAUCUCCAACAAAGACAGAAACAGUGAGAGCCCAAGCUGAAUCUAACAAGGCUUUCCUGGCUGAAUUGGAACAGAAGUCUCCAACAAUCCAAAAUGUAAAGGAAGCCCUGGCUGGAUUACUGAUAACAUAUCCCAACUCACAAGAAGCAGAAAACUGGAAGAAAAUGCAGGAAGAGCUUAAUUCCCGAUGGGAAAGGGCCACAGAGGUGACAAUGGCUCGGCAAAGGCAGCUAGAGGAAUCUGCAAGUCAUCUGGCCUGCUUCCAGGCUGCAGAAUCCCAGCUCCGGCCCUGGCUGAUGGAGAAGGAACUGAUGAUGGGAGUGUUGGGGCCCUUGUCUAUUGACCCCAACAUGCUGAAUGCACAAAAGCAGCAGGUCCAGUUUAUGCUAAAGGAAUUUGAAGCACGCAGGCAACAGCAUGAGCAGCUAAAUGAGGCAGCUCAGGGCAUCCUAACAGGCCCUGGAGAUGUCUCUCCAUCCACCAGCCAAGUACAGAAAGAACUCCAGAGUGUCAAUCAGAAGUGGAUUGAGCUGACUGACAAACUCAAUUCCCGUUCCAGCCAAAUUGACCAAGCUAUUGUCAAAAGCACCCAAUACCAGGAACUGCUCCAGGACUUAUCAGAGAAGGUGAAAGUGGUUAGACAGCGACUGAGUAGCCAGUCAGCCAUCAGCACUCAACCUGACGCUGUGAAGCAGCAGCUGGAGGAAACCAGUGAGAUUCGAUCCGACCUGGAGCAAUUAAUCCAUGAGGUUAAGGAGGCGCAGACACUCUGCGAUGAACUCUCAGUGCUCAUCGGUGAGCAGUACCUCAAGGAUGAGCUGAAGAAGCGUUUGGAGACAGUUGCCCUACCUCUCCAAGGCUUAGAAGACCUUGCAGCUGAUCGCAUGAACAGACUCCAGGCAGCUCUUGCCAGCACCCAGCAGUUCCAGCAAAUGUUUGAUGAGCUUAGAACCUGGUUGGAUGACAAACAAAGCCAGCAAGCAAAAAACUGCCCAAUUUCUGCAAAAUUGGAGCGGCUCCAGUCUCAGCUACAGGAGAACGAAGAGUUUCAGAAGAGCCUUAACCAACACAGUGGUUCCUAUGAGGUGAUUGUGGCUGAAGGAGAAUCUCUGCUUCUUUCUGUGCCUCCUGGAGAAGAGAAAAAGACUUUACAAAACCAGUUGGUUGAACUCAAAAGCCAUUGGGAAGAGCUCAGUAAAAAAACUGCAGAUAGACAGUCUAGGCUCAAGGACUGUAUGCAGAAAGCUCAGAAAUAUCAGUGGCAUGUAGAAGACCUCGUGCCAUGGAUAGAAGAUUGUAAGGCCAAGAUGUCUGAUUUGCAGGUCACUCUGGAUCCAGUGCAACUGGAGUCCAGUCUCCUGAGAUCAAAGGCUAUGCUGAGUGAAGUGGAAAAGCGUCGCUCCCUGCUGGAAAUAUUGAACAAUGCUGCUGACAUUCUGAUCAAUUCUUCAGAAACAGAUGAGGAUGAUAUCCGAGACGAGAAGGCUGGGAUUAACCAGAACAUGGAUUCUGUUACAGAAGAGCUACAAGCCAAAACAGGAUUGCUUGAAGAAAUGACUCAGAGACUCAAGGAGUUCCAGGAAAGCUUUAAGAAUAUUGAAAAGAAGGUUGAAGGGGCCAAACACCAACUUGAGAUCUUUGAUGCUCUCGGCUCUCAAGCCUGUAGCAACAAGAACCUUGAGAAGCUAAGAGCCCAACAGGAAGUGCUGCAGGCCUUGGAGACCCAAGUAGACUAUCUGAGGAACUUGACUCAGGGCCUGGUAGAAGAUGCCCCAGAUGGAUCUGAUGCUUCCCAACUUCUACUUCAAGCUGAUACCACCCAGCAAGGGUUCUUAGAGGUGAAGAAAAGAGUGAACAGUGUUUGCAUGAUGAUGGAAAACAAGCUAGAAGGGAUCAGUCAGUUUCACUGCCGAGUCCGAGAGAUGUUUUCUCAGUUGGCAGACCUGGAUGAUGAGCUAGAUGGCAUGGGUGCUAUCGGAAGAGACACUGACAGCCUCCAGUCCCAAAUUGAGGAUGUACAGCUAUUUCUUAACAAAAUCCAAGUGCUCAAGUUAGACAUAGAAGCAUCUGAAGCAGAAUGCCGACAAAUGCUGGAGGAAGAGGGGACUCUGGACUUGUUAGGUCUUAAGAGGGAGCUAGAAGCCCUGAACAAACAGUGUGGCAAACUGACAGAAAGGAGUAAAGCUCGUCAGGAGCAGCUAGAGCUGACAUUGGGCCGAGUAGAGGACUUCUAUAGGACAUUGAAAGUACUCAGUGACAUGACCACCGCAGCAGAGGAGGGAGAGGCCCUCCAGUGGGUAGUGGGGACUGAAGUGGAUAUCAUCAACCAACAAUUAGCAGACUUUAAAAUGUUUCAGAAAGAACAGGUGGAUCCUCUUCAGAUGAAAUUACAGCAGGUGAAUGGACUUGGCCAGGGGUUGAUUCAGAGUGCUGGAAAAAACUGUGAUGUGCAGGGUUUGGAACAUGACAUGGAAGAGAUCAAUGCUCGAUGGAACACACUGAAUAAAAAGGUUGCACAAAGAAUUGCACAACUACAGGAGGCUUUGUUGCAUUGUGGGAAGUUUCAAGAUGCCUUAGAGCCGUUGCUUAGCUGGUUGGCAGACACUGAAGAGCUCAUAGCCAAUCAGAAACCUCCAUCUGCUGAGUAUAAAGUGGUGAAAGCACAGAUCCAAGAACAGAAGUUGCUCCAGCGACUCCUAGAUGAUCGGAAGGCCACGGUAGACAUGCUUCAAGCAGAAGGAGGCAGAAUAGCCCAGUCAGCUGAGCUGGCUGAUAGAGAGAAAAUCACUGGACAGUUGGAGAGUCUGGAAAGUAGAUGGACUGGACUACUCAGCAAGGCAGCAGCCAGGCAAAAACAGCUGGAAGAUAUCCUGGUUCUGGCUAAACAAUUCCAUGAGACAGCUGAGCCUAUUUCUGACUUCUUAUCUGUCACAGAGAAAAAGCUUGCUAACUCAGAACCUGUUGGCACUCAGACUGCCAAAAUACAACAGCAGAUCAUUCGGCACAAGGCCCUGGAGGAGGAAAUAGAAAGCCAUGCAGCAGAUGUGCACCAGGCAGUCAAAAUUGGGCAGUCCCUCUCCUCCCUGACAUGCUCUGCAGAACAGGGUGUGCUCUCAGAAAAGCUAGACUCAUUGCAGUCCCGAUACAGUGAGAUUCAAGACCGGUGCUGUCGGAAAGCAGCCCUGCUUGAACAAGCACUGUUUAAUGCUAGACUGUUCGGGGAGGAUGAGGUGGAGGUGCUCAACUGGCUGGCUGAGGUUGAGGACAAGCUCAGUUCAGUGUUCGUAAAGGAUUACAGACAGGAUGUCCUGCAGAAACAGCAUGCUGACCACCUGGCUUUAAAUGAAGAAAUUGUUAAUAGAAAGAAGAAUGUAGAUCAAGCUAUUAAAAACGGUCAGGCUCUUCUAAAACAAACCACAGGUGAAGAGGUUUUGCUUAUCCAAGAAAAACUGGAUGGAAUAAAGACUCGCUAUGCAGACAUCACGGUCACUAGCUCCAAGGCCCUCAGAACUUUAGAGCAAGCCCGGCAGCUGGCUACCAAGUUCCAAUCUACUUAUGAGGAACUGACUGGGUGGCUGAGGGAGGUCGAGGAGGAGCUGGCAGCCAGUGGAGGACAGUCUCCCACAGGGGAGCAGAUACCCCAGUUUCAGCAAAGACAGAAGGAAUUAAAGAAGGAGGUCAUGGAGCACAGGCUGGUGUUGGACACAGUGAAUGAGGUGAGCCGUGCUCUCUUAGAGCUGGUGCCUUGGAGAGCCAGAGAAGGGCUGGAUAAACUUGUGUCUGAUGCCAAUGAGCAGUACAAGCUUGUCAGUGACACUGUUGGACAAAGGGUGGAUGAAAUUGAUGCUGCUAUUCAGAGAUCACAACAGUAUGAGCAAGCUGCUGAUGCAGAACUAGCUUGGGUUGCUGAAACAAAACGGAAACUGAUGGCCUUGGGUCCAAUUCGCCUAGAGCAGGACCAAACCACAGCUCAGCUCCAAGUACAGAAGGCUUUCUCCAUUGAUAUUAUUCGACACAAAGAUUCAAUGGAUGAACUCUUCAGUCAUCGAGGUGAAAUCUUCGGCACAUGUGGAGAGGAGCAAAAAGCUGUAUUACAGGAAAAGACAGAGUCUCUAAUAGAGCAAUAUGAAGCCAUUAGUCUGCUCAAUUCAGAGCGUUAUGCCCGCCUAGAGCGGGCACAGGUCUUGGUGAACCAGUUCUGGGAAACUUAUGAAGAGCUCAGCCCCUGGAUUGAGGAAACUCGGACACUAAUAGCACAGUUACCUCCUCCAGCUAUUGAUCAUGAACAGCUCAGGCAACAGCAAGAGGAAAUGAGGCAACUAAGGGAAUCCAUUGCUGAACACAAACCUCAUAUUGAUAAACUGCUAAAGAUCGGCCCUCAACUAAAGGAGUUAAACCCUGAAGAGGGUGAAAUGGUGGAAGAAAAAUACCAGAAAGCAGAAAACACAUAUGCCCAAAUUAAAGAGGAGGUGCGCCAGCGGGCUCUGGCUCUGGACGAGGCUGUUUCCCAGUCAGCUCAGUUCCAUGAUAAAAUCGAACCUAUGUUGGAGACUCUGGAAAAUCUUUCCUCUCGUCUGCGUAUGCCACCACUGAUCCCUGCUGAAGUCGACAAGAUCAGAGAGUGUAUCAGUGACAAUAAGAGUGCCACUGUGGAGCUAGAAAAACUUCAGCCUUCCUUUGAGGCCCUGAAGCGCCGUGGAGAAGAGCUCAUUGGGCGCUCUAAGGGAGCUGACAAGGACCUGGCUGCAAAAGAAAUCCAGGACAAAUUGGAUCAAAUGGUAUUCUUCUGGGAGGACAUCAAAGCUCGGGCUGAAGAGCGAGAAAUUAAGUUCCUUGAUGUCCUUGAACUAGCAGAGAAGUUUUGGUAUGACAUGGCAGCUCUCCUUACCACGAUCAAAGACACACAGGACAUUGUCCAUGACUUAGAAAGCCCAGGCAUUGACCCGUCCAUUAUCAAACAACAGGUUGAAGCUGCUGAGACUAUUAAGGAAGAGACAGAUGGUCUGCAUGAGGAAUUGGAGUUUAUUCGAAUCCUUGGAGCAGAUUUGAUUUUUGCCUGUGGAGAAACUGAGAAGCCCGAAGUGAAGAAGAGCAUUGAUGAGAUGAAUAAUGCCUGGGAGAACUUAAACAAAACAUGGAAAGAGAGGCUAGAAAAGCUUGAAGAAGCCAUGCAAGCUGCUGUGCAGUAUCAGGACACCCUGCAGGCUAUGUUUGACUGGCUAGAUAACACUGUAAUUAAACUCUGCACCAUGCCCCCUGUCGGCACUGACCUCAACACUGUUAAAGAUCAGUUAAAUGAAAUGAAGGAGUUCAAAGUGGAAGUUUACCAGCAGCAAAUUGAGAUGGAGAAGCUUAAUCACCAGGGUGAACUGAUGUUAAAGAAAGCUACUGAUGAAACAGACAGAGACAUUAUACGAGAACCAUUGACAGAACUCAAACACCUCUGGGAGAACCUGGGUGAAAAAAUUGCCCACAGGCAGCAUAAGCUAGAAGGUGCUCUCUUGGCCCUUGGCCAGUUCCAACAUGCCUUAGAAGAACUAAUGAGUUGGCUGAUUCACACUGAAGAGUUGUUAAAUGCUCAGAGACCAAUAAGUGGAGAUCCAAAAGUCAUUGAAAUUGAGCUCGCAAAGCACCAUGUUCUAAAAAAUGAUGUUUUGGCCCAUCAAGCCACAGUGGAAACGGUCAACAAAGCUGGCAAUGAACUUCUUGAAUCUAGUGCUGGAGAUGAUGCCAGCAGCUUAAGGAGUCGUUUGGAAACUAUGAACCAAUGCUGGGAGUCAGUGUUACAGAAAACAGAGGAGAGAGAGCAACAGCUUCAGUCAACACUGCAGCAGGCCCAAGGUUUCCACAGUGAAAUUGAAGAUUUUCUCUUGGAACUGACCAAAAUGGAGACCCAACUUUCUGCAUCUAAGCCCACAGGAGGACUUCCUGAAACUGCUAGGGAACAGCUUGAUACACAUAUGGAACUCUAUUCCCAACUCAAAGCCAAGGAAGAGACUUAUAAUCAGCUACUUGACAAGGGCAGACUGAUGCUUCUGAGCCGUGAUGAUUCUGGGUCCGGCUCAAAGACGGAGCAGAGCGUGGCCCUCCUGGAGCAGAAGUGGCAUGUGGUCAGCAGUAAGAUGGAGGAAAGAAAGUCAAAGCUGGAAGAGGCCCUCAACCUGGCAACAGAAUUCCAAAAUUCCCUGCAAGAAUUUAUCAACUGGCUCACGCUAGCAGAGCAGAAUUUAAACAUCGCCUCUCCUCCCAGCCUGAUUCUAAACACUGUCCUUUCCCAGAUAGAAGAACACAAGGUUUUUGCUAAUGAAGUGAAUGCUCAUCGAGACCAGAUCAUUGAGCUGGAUCAAACCGGGAAUCAGUUGAAGUUCCUUAGCCAAAAACAGGACGUUGUUCUGAUCAAGAAUUUGUUGGUUAGUGUCCAGUCUCGAUGGGAGAAGGUUGUUCAGCGAUCUGUUGAAAGAGGGCGAUCGCUAGAUGAUGCCAGGAAGAGGGCAAAACAAUUCCAUGAAGCUUGGAAAAAACUAAUUGACUGGCUAGAAGAUGCAGAGAGUCACCUGGACUCAGAGCUGGAGAUAUCCAAUGACCCAGACAAAAUUAAACUUCAGCUCUCUAAACAUAAGGAGUUUCAGAAAACCCUUGGUGGCAAACAGCCUGUGUAUGAUACCACAAUUAGAACUGGAAGAGCCCUGAAAGAAAAGACUUUGCUGUCUGAUGACACUCAGAAGCUUGACAACUUACUGGGAGAAGUCAGAGACAAAUGGGAUACUGUGUGUGGCAAGUCUGUGGAGAGGCAGCACAAGUUGGAGGAGGCCCUGUUAUUUUCAGGCCAGUUCAUGGACGCUUUGCAGGCCUUGGUCGACUGGUUGUACAAGGUGGAGCCACAGUUGGCUGAGGACCAGCCUGUGCAUGGGGACCUCGAUCUUGUCAUGAACCUCAUGGAUGCCCAUAAGGUUUUCCAGAAGGAACUGGGAAAGCGAACAGGAACCGUUCAGGUUCUGAAGCGGUCAGGCCGAGAGCUGAUCGAGAAUAGUCGUGAUGACACCACGUGGGUUAAAGGGCAGCUCCAGGAACUGAGCACACGCUGGGACACUGUGUGUAAACUCUCCGUCUCCAAACAAAGCCGACUUGAGCAGGCCUUAAAACAGGCGGAAGAGUUUCGGGACACAGUCCACAUGCUGUUGGAGUGGCUUUCUGAAGCAGAGCAAACACUUCGUUUUCGUGGAGCACUUCCUGAUGAUGCAGAGUCCCUACAGUCUCUCAUUGACACCCAUAAGGAAUUCAUGAAGAAAGUGGAAGAAAAGCGAGUGGAUGUGAACACAGGAGUGACGAUGGGAGAAGUCAUCUUGGCUGCCUGCCAUCCAGAUUGCAUCACUACCAUCAAACACUGGAUCACCAUCAUCCGAGCUCGCUUUGAGGAGGUCCUGACUUGGGCUAAGCAGCACCAGCAGCGUCUUGAAACGGCUCUGUCAGAAUUGGUGGCUAACGCUGAGCUCUUGGAAGAACUUCUGGCAUGGAUCCAAUGGGCUGAGACCACCCUCAUUCAGCGGGAUCAGGAGCCAAUCCCUCAGAACAUUGACCGAGUUAAAGCCCUUAUCGCUGAGCAUCAGAUAUUUAUGGAAGAGAUGACUCGAAAACAGCCUGAUAUGGACCGGGUCACCAAGACAUACAAAAGGAAAAAUAUAGAGCCUACCCACGGGCCUUUCAUCGAUAAAUCCCGUAGUGGCAGCAGGAAGUCCUUGAGUCAGCCCACACCUCCUCCCAUGCCAAUCCUUUCACAGUCUGAAGCAAAAAACCCACGGAUCAACCAGCUAUCUGCCCGCUGGCAGCAGGUGUGGCUGUUAGCGCUGGAGCGUCAGCGGAAGCUAAAUGAUGCCUUGGAUAGACUGGAGGAGUUGAAGGAAUUCGCCAACUUUGACUUUGAUGUCUGGAGGAAAAAAUACAUGCGUUGGAUGAAUCACAAAAAGUCACGGGUUAUGGAUUUCUUCCGGCGAAUUGACAAGGACCAGGACGGGAAGAUAACACGUCAGGAAUUUAUUGACGGCAUUCUAGCAUCCAAGUUCCCUACUACCAAGUUAGAGAUGACAGCUGUUGCAGACAUUUUUGACCGAGAUGGGGAUGGCUACAUUGAUUACUAUGAAUUCGUGGCCGCUCUUCAUCCCAAUAAGGAUGCUUAUCGACCAACAACCGAUGCAGAUAAAAUUGAAGAUGAGGUCACAAGACAAGUGGCUCAAUGCAAAUGCGCAAAAAGGUUUCAGGUGGAACAGAUUGGAGAGAAUAAAUACCGGUUCUUCCUCGGCAAUCAGUUCGGGGACUCCCAGCAGCUGCGGCUGGUCCGCAUCCUGCGCAGCACAGUGAUGGUUCGCGUUGGUGGAGGAUGGAUGGCCCUGGAUGAAUUUUUAGUGAAAAAUGACCCUUGCCGAGUUCACCAUCCUGGGAGUAAAAUAAAGCGCUCUGAUUCCAGCUCUUCGAUUUCCACACGGGGCAGAACCAACAUUGAACUCAGAGAGAAAUUCAUCCUACCUGAGGGAGCAUCGCAGGGAAUGACCCCUUUCCGAUCACGGGGUCGAAGGUCCAAACCAUCUUCCAGGGCAGCUUCCCCUACCCGCUCAAGCUCAAGUGCUAGCCAGAGUAACCAUAGCUGCACAUCCAUGCCAUCUUCUCCAGCCACCCCAGCCAGUGGUACCAAGACGCCACUUCAGUCCUCUCGCUGUUAUGACAAACCCUGGUUGGUAAACAGUAAAGCUGGCACCCCAGUCAGGGACAGCCACUAUCCUGACCUCCAGCUGCCCAGCCCCGAGGUUAUUCCAUCAUCGGGCAGCAAGUUGAAAAGGCCAACACCAACUUUUCAUUCUAGUCGAACAUCCCUUGCUGGUGAUACUAGCAAUAGUUCUUCCCCAGCUUCCACAGGUGCCAAAACUAAUAGGGCAGACCCGAAAAAGUCAGCCAGUCGCCCUGGGAGCCGGGCCGGGAGUCGAGCGGGGAGUCGAGCCAGCAGCCGGAGAGGAAGUGAUGCUUCUGACUUUGACCUUUUAGAGACACAGUCUGCUUGUUCAGACACUUCAGAAAGCAGUGCGGCAGGGGGCCAGGGCAGCUCCAGGAGAGGGCUAAACAAGCCUUCAAAAAUCCCCACCAUGUCUAAGAAGACCACCACUGCCUCCCCCAGGACUCCGGGUCCCAAGCGAUAACACUAUAUACGCACCCCUUGGCCUCUAUCCACUUUGAAUCCUGCUCCAUAUAUUGGGUGUAUAUUUAUUCUGAAUGGGAGAAGUUAUAUUGUUAAAAGUGUAAAAGAAUAAUUGUGUUAUGAAGCUGCCUUACUUUUUUUUCUUUUUGUAAGUUACUAUUUUCAUGUGAAUAUUUAUGUAGAUAAAAUUUGCCUCCUGGUAACCCUGUAUUGGAUGGGGCCCAGAAAUGAAAUAUUUGAAAAAAACAAAUGAAAAGGUCAAGAUGCGAAUAUGUAUUUAAAAAAAAAAAAAGCCUCUAAAUAGGGUUUCUGUGUGGUGCAGGGUUAUGAACCUGCUUUAUCUUUUAGGAUUAUUCCUAAAUGCAACUUCUUUAUAAACUUGACUUGCUGUCUCAGCAAGAUAAAUUAUAUUAAAAAAUAAGAAUCCUGCAGUGUUUAAGGAACUUUUUUGGGGUUUUUUUUGUUUUUGUUUUUGUUUUGUAAAUCACAGACACCUCAAUUAGCAAGAACUGAGGGGAGGGUACUUCUAAUUGCUUUUUCCAUUGUUUUUAAUGUUGUGUGAUUUUAGCUGAAGAGAGGGAACCUCAUCUAGGUAACAUUUGCACAUAAUACGGCAAAAGGACUUCAUUGCAAUACUGUCUUUGAGUACUGUUUCAGUACUGGGUGUUUAAAGAACAAAUAGCUGCUAGAAUUCAGGGGUGAAUGUAACUAACUGUUCAGAAAACGUCAGAACGUGGGGAUUUUUUAAGAGUCCUGGUUUGUAACUUCCUAUCCAGCCCGGCCACCAAUAACUCUUGUGCUCACCAGGAACCAGGCCCUUGGCAAAGGGAGAUUCCUAAGUGGCACUGUGAAUUAGAGAUUUGUUUAUCUGUAUUUUUUGCUAUAUUAAAUGGUCAGUCAACUUUCCACAAACUGAGGAAUGAAUUCCGAAAUGUGGACAUAAAACAAAACACUGCUCGUCCUUUAAAGGAGUUCACCAGCACACUUGUUAACAAGUCCCGUUUGCUUCCGUCUUUUUUUGUGCGUAAUAAAGUCAACUGACCAAGUGACCAUGAAGAGGGACUGCCUGGGGCUCCUGUUUGUAGCUGCUGUUCCUCUUCAGCUCCGACCAUGUUGCUGUGUGAUUAUCUCAAUUGGUUUUAAUUGAGGCAGAAACUGAAGCUCUACCAAUGAACUGUUUAAAAACAAGACACUUUUGUAUUAAAAUUGCUUGCAGUAACAAACAUUUUGUAUUUCCUGCUUUCCUCCUCAACCAUUCCCUUAUAUAUAACAUGUUACUCUGGGAUAAGAUUGUGUUUUAGGUACUUGAGUGCAUUAAUGAAAUCAAAAUGUCUUGAUGGAUAAAUUAUGGAGC